AGGACCCGAAAGAUCUGAUCCGCAAGUGUCUGGUGGUGGACCCCAGCAAGCGUAUCACCGUGAUAGAGGCCUUGAAGCACCCGUUCUUCAACACAGUACUUUUCGAACAAGACAUUGGCCCGUUGAAGCGCAGCCUGUCGGCCAAAUCGCGACGUUUGAGUCGUAUCGCCGAUCUGGCACUGAGCACUACGGAAAAAUUACGUAAACAAAGUCAGUUUAACGCUAGGAAAAAGUUCCAAUUUGCUAUCCUAUGUAUUAGAGCAAUGGUUAGAAUAAAGAGGCUACGGUACACGCCGGAACCGUUGCGGGCCGAGGACGCACUCAGAGACCCCUACCGCAUCAAGGUGCUGCGAAAGGUUAUCGACGGCUGCGCAUUUCGAGUGUACGGCCACUGGGUCAAGAAGGGCGAGGGCCAAAAUCGGGCCGCCCUCUUCGAGAACACCCCUCGAUGCGAGGUUUAUAAUCUUUAUAUCAACAGCCUUAACCGAUAGGCUUUAGACCGGCCGGCGAGACGCGGCGUUAGCACGAUGGACCGAAGGGUUCCCGACCGCGCAGUUCAUAGAGCAUACUUCUUCAUGCCUCCUGCAGGUGGGCGUAUAGAAGGGUACCCAUCCAGCCUGUUCCUUAAAGCCGAGCGGAAGCUGUUGCGAGAGCCUGUGUGAAAGAUUUGCGUGAAUGGGACGCUACACAAUGUGCGGUCUGCCAUUAUUGUGUGGAACUAAAUGGAGUCGCUAAGAAGAGCAGAUUUAAGAAUUCUAUAAAGUGAUCACUCAGUCUUAAUAGGGCAGAAAUAUUUAGUUCUUUAGUCAAUAGAUUAAGUUUUUUCAAUUGCGUGUAUGAUUUUGAUUUCCAAUUUAUACAUUAAUAUUUAUUAUAUUUCAACGCAGAUUUUUUUUCGUAUUUGGUGAGCUAAACCAGAUCGAAAAAUUUAAGAUCUUAUUGGAUAUCAAUUUUCUAUAUUACUCUCAUUAACAUAUGUUUUCUCUUAACUCAUGUAGUCGUUUGGUUGCAUUCUAUAAACAGUAUAACUACCUACUGAUGAGACAAAUAUGUAAACAAUGUUAUCUAGAUAUUGAAAAUUCCUGAUUUUUUUGAUAUUAUUAAGCAAAAUCAAGUUUUCCUUUUCUCCAAAAUGGAAUUUAUUUUUAUACGGAUGUUACUAAUUGUGAUUUGUCUUUAAGAUCAAUCGCGCAGAUAUAUAUCAUCCAGGUAAGGUAGUGUAGUGAAAAGAAUAUGUAUGUUAACCUUCAAGUAGCACAUAUAUUUGGAAAAUGUGUGUGGUUGAAUUGUUAGCCAGAUAGAACCACAAAUUUUCACCUUUGCGUGAAUUGCCUAUAGCUUGAAAUAAAGAGAAAUGAUACAAUUCAA